UUCUUGCUUGGCUUAUCCCUAUAAAGCUAAAACCCUGCAAAAAUCCUUUUGCCGCAUUUCAGCUCUGCAGCAGACCCUUCUCUCGUCCAUGCCCAGCCUCACCAUUUCCUCAUCCUAAAGAAUCAAAAUGUCAGCUUCCAAAUUCUUAUUUUCUCGCAGUUUACUCUACUGUUCUAACGCCCACACAGUUCUCUUUCCAAUCCCUUCAUUUCUUCCCUCCAAACCCCUCCGAUUCCAUCGAUUCUGUUCCUCCGCUGCUCUCCACUCUGGUACCACAGAAACCCUUCAACAACUCCACCCCUGGCCUGAGUGGGUCUCCUUCGUCGACCGUUUGAAGUCCAAGGGUUACUUCACCACUAAUGUCACAAAUGAUGAUGCUACUGAGAGUAUUUACAGUGACAUGAAUCAAUUGAAAGACCCUUGUCUUAGCUUUGCCCGUGAUAGAUAUGAUCUAUUAAAGUCAUUGUCUGUGGAUGAUAUUCAAAAGGUCGUGGAGAGUGGAUGCCCCAAUCUUUUUCGAAAAGCAGUGAAUUCUGCGAAAAGGUUGAGGGCCUACUUGAGAAUGGAUGAAGGAGAGGUUUGUGGUGCCUGCAAUCUGCGUGGAUCUUGUGACAGAGCUUAUGUGAUACUGAAGGAUAAUGAAGCAAAUGCUCGUACUGUGGAUAUAGUGCGAAUUCUAUUGUCCUAUGCACUAGAUCCGCUUGUUAUUUCUGGAGAGGAAAAGCCUCCUGGUAGAGAAGUUGUUGAAGCAGCUGUAAGAAAGCUGCUUUCUGAGUUGAUUGAAUUAAGUCAGAAAACCCCUGAUCCACCAGUGCUAAAGCCUGCUACUGAAGCUGUCCAUCAGAAGAAACGAGAGAGGAUAUUUAAUGAUGACAAGAAGCCUCCUUUAUCUGAUUCAUUCUCUGAUGAAAAACUGUCUCAGGAUGUUGAAAUGAAGAGAGGCGAUUGGAUUUGUCCCAAAUGCAACUUUAUGAACUUCUCUAAGAAUAUACGAUGCCUAAAAUGUAGUGAAGAAGGUCCGAAAAAAGUUGGUGCUUUUGAUACUGAAAUGAAGAAAGGAGAUUGGAUAUGUCCCAAAUGUGAUUUCAUGAAUUUCUCUAGAAAUAUAAGAUGCCUAAAGUGCAAAACAGAGGGACCAAAGGUGGUUGGUGUAAAUGAAGUACAAAUGAAGCCAGGAGAUUGGAAUUGCCCAGAAUGCGGAUUUAUGAAUUUUGCAAACAAUAAGCUGUGCCUGCGCUGUCGAGAACAACGUCCCAAGAGACAGCUGAUUCCUGGAGAUUGGGAAUGCCCAUCGUGUGAUUUCUUGAAUUACAGUAGGAACACCUCCUGCCGAAAGUGCAAUCAUGAACGUCCAGAAAGAGCAACAACAGAGUAUGAAGAACAGAGGUGGAGGAGCCCAUACUAGUUUGGAAGCUGGGCAGUAUUUUGUCACUCUUGGAGAUGAUCAAGGAUGUUACAAUAUGAUGUAUAGCCCGUUUGGAAUUGUAGUUUAAACAUGCUUUCAGGGAAAAUAUAAUUAUAGAUGUUGGAAAAAAAAUAUUUAGUUUGAAAAAGUUGUUAAAGCUAUUUUUGAGCUCUUAUUAUUGGAACAUGUCAAUUUUAAAUUAAAAUAAUUUUUAA